GGACCCUCCCGCUGGGGCCGGGGGUGUCCCCUGCCCCGGGGCCCCUCCCCGGCCCGCCCGGCCACAAAGUUUGGCCAGGAAAGUUUGAGUGUAGGCGCCGCCGCGGAAGCGCCUCCCGGGAGCGGCGGGAGCGGGGCAGGCGACUUCCGUGGGACUGCACGCUGAUUCCCAGGAGUGCUUCAGACAGCGAGAUGUUCAGCAGCUGUAGGAUGAAACCCUUGAAACUGAAUAUCCUGGUGAACUGGUGAAGUUUCAGACCUGAUGCAUUCAGUGUCUUCUCUGUUCUCUGUAGGUGUCUCUGGGGAAGACACCGAAGAUGCAGGCAUGCUGAAGACUUCAGGAAAGUGAGCAAUGAGUCCUUCUGAAAGCUGAAGAGAAGCCCCCUUGUAGGGUCAUGAACCUAAGACAAGUCUUCGUGUCUGUACUACUAUUUGGAGUAGCUGGUCUACUCCUCUUCAUGUAUCUGCAAGCUUGGAUUGAAGAGCAACAUACAGAGUCUGGAAAAAGACUUCAACAAGAGACAAUUAAUCAGGAUUUCACACUCCAGCCUCUGGGGAUGCCAAGGAAAGCAGCGUGGAGGAGAAGUGCUCCUGUGAACCUCAGUAGCCACGAGAUGGCUGUCUCCAGCAGCAGGCACUGGCAGGGCAGGGCUGACCCUCUCGGUGUGGUAUUUGCCUCCUCGGGGAGCCGACUGCCUGAGCCGCAGAAGGUGAGUGAGCCCCCUCUCAGCUGGCUCAGAGGGGUGUACUUGCCUCCUGCUCUGCACCCCUUAAACAAGACCUUCGUCAAGGGUGGGGAGUGGCAGGACACAGACAGCACCCAGGAAAAGCGCAGGGCCUUCCUGCAGGGCUUCUGCAGGAAAUACAACAGCAGAAAGAAGCUGCAAACCCACCUGGUGCACCUGGUGUCCAGAAUUUACGUGGAGGACAGGCACAAGAUUCUGUACUGCGAAGUGCCAAAAGCAGGCUGCUCCAACUGGAAAAGGGUCCUCAUGGUGCUCAGUGGACUCGCUGCCUCAGCAAACAACAUCUCCCACGAUGAUGUGCACUAUGGAAAGCACCUAAGGAAACUGGACAGUUACGACCUAAAAGGGAUCUCCACGCGCUUGAACAUGUACACCAAGUUCAUAUUUGUACGUGAUCCUAUGGAAAGACUGGUAUCUGCCUUCAGGGAUAAGUUUGAACAUCCAAACAGCUAUUACCAUCCGGUGUUUGGGAAGGCAAUAAUUAAAAAGUAUAGACAUAAUGCAGAUGAGGAAGCACUGAAAACAGGAUCAGGAGUCAAGUUCAAGGAAUUUAUCCAAUACUUGCUAGAUUCCCACAGACCAGUAGGAAUGGACAUUCACUGGGAGCAAGUCAGUAAGCUCUGCUAUCCCUGCCUCAUCAACUAUGAUUUUAUAGGGAAGUUUGAAACCCUGGAAGAAGAUGCCAAUUACUUUCUGCAGCUGAUAGGUGCUCCAGCCAGUCUGAAGUUCCCUAAAUUCAAAGACAGACAUUCCUCUGACGAGAGAACAAGUACAGAGGUAGUGAGGCAAUAUUUGAAGGAAUUGUCUAAGGAGGAGAGACAGCUAACCUAUGACUUCUAUUACUUGGAUUACUUAAUGUUCAAUUAUACAUCACCACUCAUAUAGCACUAGAAUAGCUUCAGGCUUCUAUUAGAUAUUUAUCAUUUUGGGAUUCAAAAUACUACUUCGAUAUUAGCCCUGAAAGGAAACAAAGUUACUGCUAAGUAGAGUUGAAUUAGUGAGGACUUUAUAAGCUAGAGUGAUAUCAAUUGAUAUUAAAAUAUGGAGAAUGCAAAGAAAAAAACACCUGUAAACAGCAUAAAUUGCACUAAAAUGCCUGAAAAGGCUGCUUUUACCAUUAUGGAUUAUACUAUGGAAGCAGUAGCUCAGACAGCUGUUGCAUGAGCUUACCUAAUGUCCUUUUAAUGGUUUAAGAAAAAAAAAACAGAGUGGUAUGAUUCUUUUCUUUGGCGUGCUUGCUUCAGAAAUGGGUUUUGAAAAAACUUUUGAAUGUAUUUUUACUUUCUGUCACUUAUUAAUAAAGAAUCAUUGGUUAAUUUUCUAAAAUGUUUACAGUGUUCUCAGUUGCAAGGCUUGGUUUUUUGAUUACUAUGAUACUGUAGCAAAUUUUAGACCUGAUUUUUUUAUUGAAGGAUGCUCUUGAAUACAAAUGCAUCAAACUAAAAAUAACACUGCAGUUUAGUUGAUGAGCAGAAUAAAUUUGGGUAAGCCUGUGAAGGACCAGUCCACUACCUCAUUUUGAUUGAUGCACUGAAGUCGACAAGUACAACCCUCCUUUCAGAGAGCUGUUGCAUUCAACAAAACUAAGAUUUUAAUGCACAGUGGAUGCAUCAUUACAUGUGAUGCAUGCACACUGUGGUCUCAAUAUGUAGUCGUGCAUUUCUGUACCUGAGCAGGUGUUUCCAUAUAAGGAAGUUAAACUAGAAUUUUCUAUAGCCUGCUCGUUGCAAUUGGCUCAGUACCAGCACAGACACAGUGAUAGGGCUUUGGAAGUGCACCUCAAAGUCUAGUGUCCAUCUCAUUGGACAAAGAGCCAAAUAAUCCCACCUAGACCAUCGAGUAUUAAAGAGCCAGCUCAAGGGGUGCACGAGGCUUUUUGGGAAUGCCUUAGCCUGGGUAACUGUGCUUGGUACACUGUGCUCGGCUUAUCUCUUUUCAUUUUGUAAUGUUUAUUAUUUUUGCUGUUAUUAAAACCUCUAUUUUA